UUUUCUUUUUUUCUUUCUCUUUAUAAAAAUUCUUUAGAGAAUUAUGAACAAUGGUACUUCAAACACAGGCAGCUUAGAUCAGCAACUUGCUGGUAUGAGCCUUAAUAAUAAUACUACUAAGCCUACCUCUCGUUAUGUUCCCCCUCAUUUGAGAAAUCAAUCAAAUCGUGCUGAUCGAUCCGGCAAUGAAAGUGCUCCCAGAAGCAAUGGCUGGAAUGAUUGGAACAAUGGUGAACGUGUUCCUCGUUAUCCUCGUCAAGAAGGAGGUGGUUGGAACUCUUCUUAUUCAGACAUGCCUCGCGGUGGUAACAGAUACGGUGGUCGUUCUGACUUUUAUGAACGCGGAUCUUAUGGUGGUUACCGCAACAACCGUCAAGAUUCUGGCUACCAACGUCGUGAUGAAACUCAAGGUUAUUGGAAAGAUGGUGUUCAUCAUAUUGGUAACCGUAAUCCUCGUACUGAGAAGGAUCUCUUUGGUACUCAUGACGAUGCCAUUACUCAACACACUGGUAUCAAUUUUGAAAAGUAUGACGAUAUUCCUGUUGAGGCUAGUGGUCACGACUGUCCUGAACCUGUCACUACUUUCACCUCUCCUCCUAUUGACAGCCAUUUGUUGAGCAACAUUGAGUUAGCCAGAUACACUACACCUACUCCUGUUCAAAAGUACUCUAUUCCUAUUGUCAAUGCUGGUAGAGAUUUGAUGGCUUGUGCUCAAACUGGUUCUGGUAAGACUGGUGGUUUCCUUUUCCCUGUCUUUUCCGAACUCUUUAAGCAAGGUCCCAAGACACCUGCUGCUGAAGAAAACACUUCUGGUGGCUACCGUCCUCGUAAGGCUCAUCCUCAAGUCUUGAUUCUUGCCCCUACUCGUGAAUUGGUCUCCCAAAUUUAUGAUGAAGCCAAAAAGUUUGCUUACCGUUCUUGGGUCAAGCCUGCUGUUGUCUAUGGUGGCUCUGAUAUUGGUGCUCAAAUCCGUAACAUUGAGCGCGGCUGUGAUUUAUUGGUUGCCACACCCGGUCGUCUUGUUGAUUUGCUUGAACGUGCCCGUAUUUCUCUUUCUCUCAUUCGUUUUCUUGUUUUGGACGAAGCUGAUCGUAUGUUGGAUAUGGGUUUCGAACCCCAAAUCAGACGUAUUGUCGAAAAGGAAGAUAUGCCUCGUGUUGAUGACCGUAUCACACUUAUGUUCUCUGCCACUUUCCCCCGUGAUAUUCAAUACUUGGCUCGCGAUUUCUUGAAGGACUAUAUCUUCUUGUCUGUUGGUCGUGUUGGUUCUACUUCUGAAAACAUUACUCAAAAGGUCGAAUAUGUUGAAGAUGAAGACAAGCGUUCUGUCUUGCUUGAUAUUCUUCAUUCCAACGAUAUUGCUGGUCUCUGCUUGAUCUUUGUUGAGACCAAGCGUAUGGCUGACGCUCUUUCUGAUUUCUUGUUGGACCACAACUUCCCUGCCACUGCUAUUCACGGUGACCGUACUCAACGUGAACGUGAACGUGCCUUAGAAUCUUUCAAGACUGGCCGUACUCCCAUCAUGGUUGCCACUGCUGUUGCUGCUCGUGGUUUAGAUAUUGCCAACGUCUCUCAUGUCAUUUCCUACGAUUUGCCUACUGACAUUGAUGACUAUGUUCACCGUAUUGGUCGUACUGGUCGUGCCGGUAACACUGGUUUGGCCACUGCUUUCUUUAACCGUGGCAACAAGAACAUUGUGAAUGAUUUGAUCAGUAUCUUGGAAGAAGCUAACCAAGAGAUUCCUAGUUUCUUGGAAUCCAUUGCCAGAGAAACUCGUUCUUAUGGUGGCCGUGGACGUGGACGUGGACGUGGAGGUAAUAAUAAUUUUGGUGGUAGAGAUUACAGAAAGUCCAGCAACAAUGAUUGGAACUCUGGUUCUCGUGAUUUCCCUUCUUUGGGCGGUCGUUCUGGUGGUUACAACAACAAUAACAACAAUAACAACAACAGCAGCAACAACAAUAGCGGUGGCAACGUGCCUUUGCAAUAUCAAACAAAGACCAGUUGGUUCUAAACAAACAAACAAAAAUAUGUGCGAUUCUUUUUCUUUUCUUUUUUUUCUCUGAAUUUACAACUAUAGAUCUCUUUUGCAACAGCAGACCAAAAAAAAACACAAAUACACACAUACACACACAUACACAUACACAUAUAUUUCUUUUUUCUUUCCUUAUUACUCCCUCAUUUAUAAAAACAUUAUUUUGACAAGAAAAAAAAAGAAAAAAAAAACACACAAGUACAAUGUGUG